GGGAAAGAGUAAUGUUAAAUGCAACAAAUCUAAUGCUACCAGAAAAUAUACAAAAACUAUCAAGGAAACUCACCCCAAGAUUCAUUGGACCUUUUGAAAUUGUUGAAAGACUUUACUAUCCUAAUGAAUUCGAAGAUAGAAACACUUCACUACCACCAUCUAUUUUAGUAGAAGUAAACCCAGAGUUAGAGUAUAAAGUUGAAUGCAUUUUGAAUAAAUGA